GAUUACAGUAAAUUUAUUGUCUGAAACAGUCUGAAGUCCGACGAAUUUGACUGCAAAUCCUCGGACUCCUUCACCUGCUCCAGUGCCCUGAGAUAUUGUAUAUUUUUUAUUUAUUUAUGCCAAAAGACAUUCGAUAUUCUCCGUUUGUCUACAAACGAAAAUAAUUGAGAUUAUUGUUGCUACGAUUGUUGAGGCUUUACUUGAGGAACGAGAUUCGGAGUUUACUUACGUUGAAUACAAAUUCUCGAGAGAGAGAUUUUUGACAGUCGAUUACUCGGUGAUUGCCAGGGUGAACUUAUACUCUGGAGUGGACAGAACAUAUUCAACCUCAAUUAAAAAAUUAACUCGUGUACUCAUUGGAGCCGCUUGAAGAAGAUUUGAGGAAGUUAUGAAUAUUCUGUCUACAAUUUGAGUCGACAACAAGUGUUUUGGAUUUUUUGAAGUGAGCUGUUCUGUUAGUUUGAAGUUGGAGCAUUUCUCAUGAUUGUUUACCUCGGUUGAUGGCUAGAGUCGUUAAUUUUUGGUGAAGUCAGAGGAUUUCUCAAUUUUUAAGAGAAAAAGGUUAUUAGUGUGGGCGUUUCCUUUGGGGAAAUUAGACGGUGGACAUAAGGACGGGAAAUGUCGAAGAACAAAUUGAAUCUGACACUGCCACCGGGUUCGAUAGAACCGGUACCAGCAGUAUCACCAUCACCACCUGUACCACCUCUUCCUACUUAUGCUGAACCACCAGUUAUUCCUGAUGGAGUGAUGGGAAAAAUGAGCAUCGACGCUAUUCAAGAACGACUGGAAGAACUGGAAAUGGAUGAGGAGCAGAGAAAAAGAUUAGAGAGUUUUCUAGGACAGAAGGAAAAAGUCGGAGAAUUAUGUGACGAAGAUUUUGAAAAAUUAGGAGAAUUGGGAGCGGGUAAUGGUGGUGUUGUAAUGAAAGUUAGACAUAAAAAAUAUGGACUGAUAAUGGCGCGAAAGUUGAUUCAUCUGGAGGUGAAGCCAGCGAUAAAAAAACAAAUUAUACGCGAGUUAAAAGUCCUCCACGAGUGCAAUUUCGCCCACAUAGUUGGAUUUUACGGUGCAUUUUACAGUGAUGGAGAAAUUAGUAUAUGCAUGGAGUACAUGGACGGAGGAUCUCUGGAUUUAAUUCUGAAGAAAGCUGGAAGGAUACCAGAGCCCAUCCUAGGCACAAUAACAUCAGCAGUACUCAAGGGACUGAGUUAUUUGAGGGAUAAACAUGCGAUAAUGCACAGGGACGUCAAACCGAGUAAUAUUCUCGUCAACAGUGCUGGGGAAAUAAAAAUAUGUGAUUUUGGGGUUUCUGGGCAGUUGAUCGACUCAAUGGCAAAUUCUUUCGUUGGUACGAGGAGUUAUAUGUCGCCAGAGAGAUUGCAAGGCACUCAUUACUCUGUACAGAGCGAUAUUUGGUCUCUGGGUCUUUCUCUGGUGGAAAUGGCCAUCGGCAUGUAUCCGAUUCCACCUCCGGAUACGAGAACUCUCGUUUCGAUAUUUGGACCACAAGUUGCUCCACCACCCGCCGAAAACACCUCGAACAAUGUUUCAACACCAACGAGUCAGUCACCUUCGCAUAAUGCCAGCAGUCCACGACCCAUGGCCAUUUUCGAACUGUUGGAUUAUAUAGUAAAUGAACCGCCGCCUAAACUUCCACCUGGCAUUUUCACAGAUUCAUUCAUGGAUUUCGUUGAUCGAUGUUUGAAGAAAAAUCCCGCUGAGCGUGCGGAUUUAAAAACUCUCAUGAAUCACGAGUGGAUAAAAAAAGCUGAGUCUGAAAACGUUGACAUUGCUGGAUGGGUCUGCAGGACAAUGGACCUCCAACCAACCACACCAACUCGUUUAGCAAACGUACAGUCCUGAAUAAAUGUUACUCUUACAUACUUGACCACGUACAUACGCGUUCAGUACUCCUAAGUCACAUUUGAUUUUUUCUCCCCUGCCGUUAAGUGCCCCCCACGCAAUUUUUAAUUUCCCUUUUUUAUGUCAGUGGUGUACUUCUCUAGUUUAGCAGUUAAUUAUCUUUAACAACGUCAAUAGACAUUAACAAAAAUAGUGGAAUUACGGAGAAAAUAACGAAACGAUGUUGUCGAUUAAAUGUAUGCAUCACCACUGCAUUUAGAGGAAUAAUUUAAUUAACAUUUUUACCAGUUUUAGUGUCUUUACCCUCAUGAAAGUAUGUAAGAAAAAAAAAUCUUGUUAUAGUUAUAGUUUAUUCCUAGUACCAUUGAUGUUUCAUGAGCAUUGUAUUUUUCCUGUGAUAAGAUUAUAGAAAUACGGGGGAGGAAAUUAAUUCCUCGUGUAUCUGAACCACAGAAUAUGUGUGAGAGAGAGAAUUAUGGAAUUUAUUUCACAUUUUUGUCAUUCACGUAUGAAAAAUAAAUGGAUAAACGUAAAUUCUCUGCGAAUUUGGAUUAAAUUUCUUAGAGACAUUGCACAUUGUUUCUAUUUAAUUUUUUCAUACGUGUCAAUGAACGUUUAUGUAUAGAAUUGGUACCUGGAAGCAAGAGAUUUUUUUUCAAUUAAUUUUUUAAAGGGGAAUGCGAUAGAGAUAAUGAACGAAUAUAUUCAAUAGUAAAUAAUAAUUAAAAACUGUUCACUCGAAUACGCUUGCACUAGAAUUUAAUGUUGAUGACAUUUAUUUCUCCCUUUUGAUUACAUGGAAUUCGAGAUAUGGCGUUUACGAAUGGAGAAAAGUUGAAGUGAAAAAAAUAUCGUAGAGGGAGUGAAAAGAAAUAAAAAUCCUCGAUCAAUCAUCAGAUUAAAGUAUUUAUAUGCUCACAAUAAGUGUCGCAUUGUGAGAUAAACAAUGCAUUCAGAAAGAAAAAUCGAAAAAAUCCUAUUUUGAUGAAUCCAGAGUGAAUUCUGCGUACGAGCAGUACAAUAUUGCAGAAUAAAAUAAUAAAAACCGAGAUUGAGUAUUAAAAAAAUGUUGCUCGUGUGCCUCAAGCGCUCAAAAAUAAUUCUCCUUGUUUGUACGCUUUUUUCUGCGCCGAUGUAAUACCAUUUAUGGCCGAAAUACACCGAUUUAAUGUGGUUAUCUGAAUUAAUUGUCGCAUAACUGAAAAUAUCGACAGCUUAAUAUCAUUUCAUCAAUUGCAUUAUGCGAUUUUAUUGAUUUUAUGUAAUUGAGUCUGUUAAGCUAUCGAUAUCCUCCGUUGAAUGGAAAAAAUAAAGGGAAGAUCAAAGAAUAAAAUAAUGGUGUUAUUUAUUGUUAUUUAUUAUCCAUAUCUUGAAAAUGCAACACUCGACAUUCCCACAAUUAUGAACACUGAACUCGAAAUACUGACAUUUUUCGAAGAGAAGCCAAUUUCUUCCUUCAUUAUAUAUUCUUUCAAAAAUACCGAUAAUUCCUGCGAGGAAUUAACAAAAUAAACUCCUGUGAAUAAAUAACGAAAUAAACUCAGAUACAUUAAGCACACAGUCAAAAGUAAAUGUUAGAAAUACAUGCUAGGUACAAAAGUGAAAACUUAUCAAAUAUUUUUCCUUUGGGUUCUUCCACUGCCAUUCAGUCUGUGAGCGAGAAAGAUAAACUCAGAUGCAUUAAACAUAAAGUCAAAAGUAAAGUAAAUGUUAGAUGUACAUGCUAGGUACAAAAGUGAAAACUUAUCAAAUAUUUAUCGUUUGAAUUCUUCCACUGCGAUUUAUUCAGUGAGGGAAGAGAGUGUAUAACACGAUAUAAUUACGAAAAUCAUUACGACGACGUUAAGACGGGUCUAUGGAACUUUGAUGGCAGUAAUUGUAUAUAAAUUGUUCCAAAGCACUGUUAGAAAUUCAUUUCCAGCAUUUAAGUGGGGAAUGUGGAAUUUUUUCGUUGCCUGCAAAAUGAAAUUCCAAUUUCCAGUGUUUAAUUUCCCAGACAUUUCCCUGAAAUGCCAAAAGAAUUUUCACAGCGAAUCGACCUAAAUUCUUCAAAAAGGAAAAAAAACUACA